AAUUGGGAUUAGUAUUCGCUUUUGCUGGGAAUUUGAUGAGGUUUUUGAAACUGGACUUCAGUUUUUUGUUGCUGGAACUGUAAAGAAACAAUUGGAACUAUACAGAAUUUGAGUUUUCAUCUUAAGCAGAGAGGGGUUCUUUGUUACUCUCCCCUAGCAGAAUUUCCUUAUGGGGAGUGAUGCUGCUUCAGUUGCUGGGAUACCAUCUCCUCGUGACAUUAAGGUGCAUCGUCUAAUGUGCAUGGAACUAAUUAAAUUUGUUACUGGAGUUGCAAUGUUGCUUCCAGCAAUUGAAGAAGCCCGUCCUGGAUCCAACCCUGGAAUACAGAUACUUUGCCAGUUAACCAGAGCACUUGACAAAGCCAAGGACAUUCUUCAGCAUUGUAGUGAAUCCAGUAAACUAUACUUGGCACUAACUGGAAAUGUUAUACUUUCAAGAUGCAACAAAUCAAAAAAAUUGCUUGAGCAAAGCUUGAGCUGUGUGCAGAAUAUGGUUCCUGUAAUGUUGGCUACACAGAUAUCACAACUGGUUGCUGACCUGGGGGCUGGGAUAUUCAGCUUGGACCCAUCUGAAGAGGAGGCAGGGAAGGUAUUGAGCAAGCUACUUCAUCAGUAUACGUCUACAACUCAUUCAGGGGAAGAACAUGUCUUUGAGGCUAUUCAAAUUGCUAUGCGGAGCCUGCGUAUCACAUCUCCAAAAGAUCUUUUGAUAGAGAAAAGAUCCAUCAAAAAACAACUGGAGAAAAUUGGGGAGGGUGAUCCACCAAAAAGGAAAAUCUUAUUGUUCUUUCUGAGUCGUCUCAACAAAAAUGGCAAAUCUAUCGUGGCAGAGCACACAGAGAAUGGAUCUCUGCAGCAUGAGGACUCCCUUGAAUAUGAAGUGGAAUCUCGUCUGAAAUGUAAUCAUAAUGAUGCUCAAAGAGAUAUCUUCAACGGCUCUCGACUUCCGGAUGAGUUCAAAUGUCCUUUAUCAUCAAGACUAAUGUAUGAUCCUGUUGUCAUUGCUUCUGGACAAACAUAUGAAAGAUUUUGGAUUGAAAAAUGGUUUGCUCAAGGUAAUGAUACAUGUCCAAAAACUAGAAGGAAAUUGGUCCAUUUGUCGUCAACCCCAAAUAACUCAAUGAAGGACCUUAUAUCAAGGUGGACUGCAGCACAUGGGGUCAGCGUUGUUGAUCCCAGUGUACAAGCAACAGUAGGUCACUCAUGGGAAUCAUCUUCCACUUCAAUUGCUAGCUUGAGCAGUUCAAUGAUGGAUCUAUCUAUAAAUAUAGACUUCAGCAAUUUAUCACUGGGAACUUCAGAUGCUAGUUUUGCAUCACAUGCUUCGCAUUCUAAGAUUUCAAAUGACUUUCAUAAAGGUCAAUCUCGUGAAAGCAUACAUGAAAUGGAACUGGAGCGUUUAACGAGGCUUAGUUCACUUUCUUGGGAGUCUCAAUGCAACUUGGUUGGAAAUAUCAGAAACAUGUUGACACAAAACGGUGAAGCUAGCAAUUGGAUGUCAUCGGACAAUUUUAUUCAAAAACUUUUCAGAUUCUUGAAAGAUGCACAUAAAUGUAAUGAUCAGGAUGCUCAAUUAUUGGGAUGUCAGUCAUUAUUAGCAGUUCUAGACGAAUGCGGAAGCAGUUUGCCAUACUUGAACGAUGACGCAUUUGCUCUUUUGACCUCAUUGCUUGGUUCGGUGGUUUCUAAGGAAGCUGUUGCUAUAUUCGAAGUGUUGUCCCGCCACCAAAACUGUCACCAUAAAAUUACCAUGUCUGGUGCACUACCUACUCUCCUGGAGAUCCUUGAUGCCCACAGUAGAGAAUUGCAGGAACCAGCCAUCAAAAUAUUAUGUAACAUGUCAGGAAGUAGCAAAAUUGGUUCCUUGAUUGCACCUUCAGAGUUGGUUCCUAAAUUGGUUCCUUUUCUUGAGGAUACAGCGCUCGCAAGAAAUUGUGUCAUCAUUUUGCAUAAUUUGUGCAACAAAGAAGAUGCUAGAAUUGCUAUAGCUGAAACUGAUGGAUGCAUUGCAGCAGUUGUGAAACUGCUCGAACGUGACAAUCGCAAGGACCAGGAACAUGCUGUGGAUUUUCUUCUUUCUUUAUGCCUACAACGGGUUCAAUAUUGUCAACUGGUAAUGGAAGAAGGUGUCAUCCCUGAACUUGUCUCUGUAUCUAUUAAUGGAAACAACAAAGCAAAGGCAAUGGCUUUGGAGUUGUUGAGACUGCUGAAGGGAGAAUUUAGUGAUACUGGAGAAUCUUACGAACCGGAAGUCUACAUUCCUAAACCCCAACCCCCUACCACUGACUUUACUCAACCGAAAUCUCGUUCCCAAGGAACAGGAAUUUUUGGGAAAUUUUUCUCGAAACGUAGUUCGCCUAGGAUAAAUAGAAAGUAA